AUGGGCUGUGGGAGAAAGAACAAGGGAAGAAAAGAAAAGGGUUUGGAUCACCGCAUCUCUAAGGUCUCCUUCAGGGGGACUAAAGUAAAAGUACAGGGAUUCUCGGGCACCCUCUUCCUGACAUGGAACGUCUGUGACACCUGCCGCUUUUCUCCUUCUUCCGAAGCAGCAGUAAAAUUCAAGAGGCGCCAGCUUCUGCCUGCCGUGGGAGAAGCGCCGGGCAGCUCAGAGCCGGGACGUCCUCACCUGAGCCGAGGAUCAAGAGCGACAGCACCACCGGCGCCGGCGGCAGCAGCGGGGCUCUCAUUGGUCCCUCGGCGGCGGCGUCGUGGUCUCUGGGGCAACUCGGCGGGAGCUGCGCGCUGGAGGGGGAUGGGAGAGACGGAGACCCGGCUGGGCUGCGGUGCUCGCAGGCCCGGCCGGGCUCGGCUGGAUGGGAGAGACAGAGACGGGGCUGGGCGGCGGUGCUCGCAGGCCCGGCCGGGCUCGGCGCGGGACGCAGCGCCCGGAGCUCGCCCCGGGACCUCUGGGCUCCGACUCGAGCGCAGGCACAAGGUGUGUGAACAUCCCGGAGGCGCGGCGCGCACCUGCCGCUUUAUAGCUGGGCGGGGGACCGCCACUGCCCGUGACGUCAAGGCCUGCGCGGGGGACAGUAAAGAGGAAGAUUAAACGAUGACCAGCUCCUCUCUGCUCUCCAGAGCUCAUUGUGGUGUGGUCCAUUACACAGGAAAGUAAUUCUGUUAGAUCAGAUAAUAAGAAGGACUCUGAGUGCCGUGGAAGACAGGAUGCUCUGUCAUUUUGAUUUUGCCUGUGGGUGUCAUGGAAAGCUUUGUGGAAAGAUGGAGAGGCGACUCAGUGGCGGUCCCAGCAGAAAGUUUAAAUGAAAAUAAUACCUGAUGACGAAGUGUUACCGAAAAUGGAAAGUAAGACUAGAAAAAUGGCACUGCCCUUGCAAGGUGAAGCCGGGUCCUGCAUUGUCAUCUUUUCUAGUGGAUGAGGCAAUUGUGAUUCAGAAAGAUUCAGAGCCUUGCCCACAGAUUUCAAAAGAUGAUGGAGAUUUCGUUUAGAUUUCAGGCUGUCAGCCUAAACGUUUGUACCUUUCUGCUCUCGUAGGUUUCAAUUUUGUUCUAGUCCUGUUCUUCCCUUUCUCUUACUCUUUCUUCUUAUUGAGGUGAGUGCAAGUUGUUUAUAUCUGUUGUCAGAAAUGUUUUGCUUUGUUUGAACUGAAAGUGGGCUCUUUACAUUGGAAAUUGCUCAGUCUUUUUCCCAUUAGAAAUGUAGAGGGUGGUCAUUUAUGUUGGUGUGGAAUAUAACAUAGUGUCAUAGGGGCGGAAUAGCUAGUGUUUAGUAUGAGCUUUAGAUUCAACCAAUUGGGUUUUCAUAUACAAAUUCUACCAGAUACUAAGUUACAUAAUAUUUAAAAGACUCAGAUUCCUUAUCUGAAAAUAAGAAUAAAGAUACCUACUUGCUGUUAAGCAGAUCAAAUGAGAAAAGAUAGAUAAACAAGUAGCACAGAUCCUAACAUAUGGUGAGUACUCAAUAAAUGGUAACUAUUAUUAUUAACCUUGACAUUACAAUAUUUACAUUACAGUAAUCACAUUGAAGAACUAAGUGACUCUUAAAAAUGGAGCUACUCACAGAGCAAGUGAAAUAAUCUCCUUCAAUAUUUUCAAGCCAUGAACUUUGUACCUACUUCACAUUAAGACUAACCAUUUUGAACAUUUUAUGGUGCAUCAUAGGGCGACAUGGGGCGUCAUCACCAUUGCAUCACAAUGGCAGCACCCCUUGAUGACUCAUGGCAUUCUGGAAUAUACGCAUGAGAAGGAAACCAACUCUGCGUAACUGUAGGAUUCUUUACAUGCUAAGCUGAGACAAGGAGGAACAAUUUUAAGAAAUCUAAGUAAGGAAGCAACUCUUGUUUAUCCUGAUAACUUGAUGGUUUCCUCAUCUAGUAUGAGGUUAACGGCAACUCUAACGGCAAAUGGCCCUAGCCAACCAUUCAUUUUGGUGUCUAGUAUCUGGAGCAUGAUAAAAUUUUAUAUGUAUAGUGGAAGCAAACUCACUUUGAGUCAGCUAAAAGGUGUGCUAUAGAACAAAAAGUAUAAUUCUGUGUUUGUUCGUAUAAUUGAUCUUGAGUUUUUACAGAUAGUGCCAGGGUCUGAGUAAGUAUUACACUAUGGUCAUUUUUAUGAGUCAACACACAAACCCCCAAACUAAAAUUAAGAAAUUCUCUAUAAGUAACAUUUUCUAUAUUAUUAACAAAUGAUUAGCUCCAUUUAGAUGUCUAUAAUUUUCUACUUUUCGCCUUUGAAUGUAUUCAUGCUAAAGAAUAUACGAUUUCCAGUUCCUUCAAAAAGAGGCCUUAAAUGAACUUGCUUAUUGGGUGCCUUGGCAUACUAGUAAAAUAAAAUUAUUUGCCCUUUAUAGCCUUAACGUGAUGGCUUUUGCAGAACAAGAACUUAGCAGAUGGGACUGAAGGCAGUGGAUGAUUUGAUACAAUGGAAACUGAAUGUCAUAUACAGUUAAUUACAUUUACACAAAAAACUGAAUCCUCUAGGUCGUUCAUUUACUCAGCCAAUAUAUUUUGAGAACAAGAUACUCUUCUAGGCACUGGGAAUAGAACUUUGAAUAGGUUGUAAUGUCCUUGUUUUUAAUGACCUUACUUUCUGUUAAGGGGGAACACAUAAUAAGGAAACAAUACACAAAAUAAUUUUAGGUAGUGAGAAGUGCUAAAAGGGAAAUAAAAUGUGUGAUAUAGAAAAUUUUGGAUGGUGAAGGAAGAUGAUUAAAAAGAAAUACAAGAUAGACCCUAUGCUUAAGUAGUUCAUGGUUUCUUUCUAGAGGAAAUGGA